GGCAGGCAGCGCGUGUGAGGCCGGCUAUCUCGGUUUGAUUCUAUAUACUUCUGGCCGAGAGACAAUUGGCCCGGCACACGCACAUGGCUAAUGAAUGGACAUAUGAACGGACGGUCGUCUGGGCAACCGGUCGCUCGAUGUGGCCAUACAAAUUGAGGGGUUAAUUACACGCUGGACAAACGGAUACUGACCAGCGUCGUGGCCAGCGGUGCACAAAAUCAAUACUGGCACAGGAAGAUGCACAUCCAUUGGUAUACAUUCGUGGCUUGCGGCAGAGAUCAGGAAAUCGAGUAGAGUUCUUGAUCGAGUACAUAAAUGCGGCAAAGUGGCGUCCUGUUUUCACGCUUGCAUGGGCAUUAUGCGUACGGUGGGUGGCCUUUCCGGCGAUGGGCAGCCCCAGGACAUACCCAUUGCCACGGUAAGCCACUGUCCGAUCUAUCGACAGGUUCUAGGCGCAGGAACAGGAGCUGGCUCUGCGCCGGCCAAGCGAGUGCCCGUCCUCUUUUCCACCAAUCGCGGUCUAUAUCUGCGCCUCGCUCCACCGCCCGCGGAACACUCAGAGGUGAUGUCCCUGCAGCCACGUAGUCAGAACUACAAUAUUAGCUUCUGUGACUUGGAACGAUGGAGCACCAAACGAGCGAAUGUGGUUAGCCUGGAGGAUACCUUUACGGUAAUGCAGCAGAGGAAUAUGUCGCCGGAACCCUUAAACUACCAGCCCAGGCUAUGGAAAAACAAUGUGAGCUACAGUUUGAUGCACUGAAUCCCGAAAAACAACUUCUCAUUGUCCAAAUAAAUUUC